CGAGAGGAGCCGGAAGUCGCGAGGCGGGGAAAGGCGGGAAGGAGCGGGCGCGCGCCGCCACGUGACCGCCCCUUCAGGGAGGCGACGACGACGACCACGGCCUCAGGCGGGGGCGGCGGCCGUCGAAGACAAAAUCUGAGCUAAAUGGAUUCCCUCUGUGCCUGCCCCGACUUCUGACUGAGGUGGAAAGGGGGAAGUUCCAAGGACGCAUUUAAGGUGGUUCCUGGAAAGGAGACACUUCACCUCCCGUUAGAAACAGUGAAAUUUCAAGAGGACUGGAGAAAGCCCAAGCACUGAUAUGAAUUCUUCAGUUAAAAGCAGCUUCUAUGAGGGCAAAGUGUGGUUUCAGUGUGAGAAUGAAAGUUGUUUAAAGUGGAGGCUGUUAUCGAGUGAAGAUGCCGCACGAGUCGAUCAAAGUGAGCCAUGGUUCUGCUUCAUGAACACCGAUCCAAACUAUAACGCGUGCUCUGUUUCUGAAGAAAAUUUUCCCGAAGAAUCUCAGUUUUAUGAAAGCGGUUAUAAGUUUGUUUAUUCGCAGUUUCCUAUAGGAAGUCUAGUUUUGGUGAAAUUGUACUAUUGGCCAAGUUGGCCUGGCAUACUUUGUCUUGAUUCCCUGAAGGGGAAAUAUGUGACCUAUGACCUGGAUGGAAAUGUAGACAGUUAUCAUGUAGAAUUCCUGGGGGAUCCCCAUUCAAGAAGUUGGAUAAAGGCAACAAAUAUUAGUCAUUAUUCGGCAUCAUUAAAGGCGGAAGAAUGCAAAUCUGAAAAGCAGUGGUAUGAAAGUGCCAUGCAAGAGGCAAGCCUGUUAUAUGCGUUUUCUUGUGAGCAAAGAUUGGACAUGUGCUGUCAAACCAAACAAGAAACUUUAUUGGUGGAUGGCACUGGAGCAAAUGUGAAUGGCGCUGUGAUAGGCAAGAAAAGAGUUAAGGCUACCACAAAUUCUUCUGGCCAAAAACCAUGCAUCUUGGGAAAAAAUAAGAGGAAAAGAAUUUGUAAAAGCUCUUUUGAAAGUGCUUGUUCAGAUGGCUCCUUAUCAAAAGAAAACUUGGUUAUCUCCGAGUCUGAAGUUAUGCUAAAAGAUCUGGAACAAAUGCUCCAGCAAGUUGAAGAUCCCUUUAAGAACCUCAAUGAAGCAGGCGUACAUGGAGAUGAAAUAAACGCAGGAGAAACGUUAGCUAAGUGCGGCACAAACAUUUGGGAAGAAAGUCUAUUAGAAAACCCCUGUGAAGAAGAUUGUCUUGUAAUCGGUGAUAUUACAUUCAGAGCUGGAGAAUGUAUUGAGAAUAUAUCCAACACAUUUAAAGAAAUAGACAAUGUAAUGUCUGAAUUUCAGGAUAUCUAGAUUAUUAAAAGAGAGCCUGUUAAUUUUUACAUCUGAAUACUUCUGUCCUUUUCAUGUGAAACAGUCAAAAAAAUUAAGUGCCAAAAGUCCCAAGCUAUACAAAAGUUAACGCUUCUAUUUACUGAUUGAUGUCUGAUUACAAUUCUUAAAAUUUCUAACCA